AUGAAUGUGGGUCAAAACAGUUGCAAUUCGCAGCUGAAAUGCCAAAAACGAACCAGCGCUUUAAUUUAUGGAGCUGACGAAAACACGUUAACGGACGAAAAUGGUAAUAUUUGGGACGUACAUCCGAUAACACAACAUGCAGCACGUUCAACAAAUCUUAUUCGAGAAAUUGUUGAUAAUUUUUCAGCAGUUUCUAUCUCAAAAAAACCAAUGAUAAAACUACACUUAGGCGACCCAUCGGCCACUGGACUUUUUUCACCGUGCCUAGAAAUUGAAAAAGCACUUGUGAACACUGUUGUUUCACAUAAAUAUGACUGUUACGGCCCGGCAGUUGGUCGCCCGGAACCACGUGAAGCAAUUGUACGCCAUUUUUCCACUGCAGCAGCGCCGUUUACCGUCGAUGAUGUCGUUCUCACCAGCGGAUGUUCACACGCUUUACAAUUGUGUAUUGAAGCUUUGGCAAAUCCCGGUGACAAUAUCCUCCUUCCAUCACCCGGUUUCCCACUUUAUACCACACUUUUACGACCACAUGGCAUUAAGGAAAAAUUCUAUAGGAUAAUUCAGGAUGGAGAAGUAAAACUUGAUGUAGAUCAGCUGGAAAAUUUAAUUGACGACAAAACGAAGGCAAUUGUUGUGAAUAAUCCGUCGAAUCCAGUUGGUGCUGUAUAUGCAAAAAAACAAUUGGAAAGUCUACUACAAGUCGCAUUUAAAUAUAAGAUUCCAAUUAUUGCCGACGAAGUAUAUGGAAGAAUAACAUUUCAUAAUGCCGAAUUUUAUCCGUUGGCAUCAUUGGAACCAAAAGUACCAAUUUUAACAUGCGACAGUAUUUCGAAACGUUAUCUGUCACCGGGUGCUCGGCUUGGUUGGAUAAUAAUUCAUGAUCGUUAUGGUGCACUAAAACAAGUCCGCUUUGGUAUUACCUCAUUGGCACAAAAGAUAUGUGGACCAUGUACACUGAUCCAAGGAGCAUUACCGGAUAUUUUGGACAAUACACCGGCAUCAUUUUUAGAAAAUAUUCGCAGCAAAUUGGGAGCAAAUGCCGAUGCAGCUUAUCAAAUACUCAGUCAAAUACCUGGAUUGCAGCCGGUGAAACCGGAAGGUGCAAUGUAUUUGUCGAUAUGUAUAAAUGAAAAAAUUUAUGGAACAGAAAAACUUUUCUUGCAAAAAUUGAUUAACGAAGAAAAUGUGUAUUGCUUACCGGGUUCAGCAUUUUUCUAUCCGGGAAUGAUUCGUUUGGCUUUGAUAUAUCCAAAAGAUGUUAUUGUUGAAGCCUGUAAUCGAAUUGCAAAUUUCUGUCGUACUGUUUAUAGCAACAAAAAAUAA